CUCUUGCUGUCUGUCACAAUUAAUCCUACCUGCCAUCCCAUCCCCACGCUACUUCUUCCCGUCCUUUCCAUCCAUCCAUCAAUCUACUACUUCUAAGUCUAGACGCCAUCCUACGCAUCCAUCACGAAUCCAUCUACUCCAACCUCACUAACUGAUCGACAAUCAAUCAAAUUAAAUCUAUCAACAAUGAUCCUCAGACGAGCUUCCACUCUCAGUCGUCCUGUCGUCCUUCGUCCGGCCUAUUCCGCCCGCGUGUGCUACUACCAUCCGCCCGACGUACAUAGCACCAAGGGAGAGGAGUUCUUCAUCCCCCCUUCCUACCCAGACAACUUGGAGGAUACUCCCAGUCUCGUCAAAAAGCCAGAAAAGGACAUAGGCCACUGGGAAGAGAUCCAUGCUACCUCUAGUGAGACCUCGGUCAAAGCCGACCGUGGCGAUAUCAAUAUCCAGCAGCAGCAGCGGACGACUACUCGGGAUCUAGAUAAGGAUCUAGGGGAGGAAGAGCCGCCGAAGUUGGAUGAGAUGUGAUAUCAGGGAGUUGAUCAUAAUGUCUGAUAGGGUUAUGGAUGGGUAUUGGUAUGGGUAUAUGAGUUAUGACUGCGUACUGAGAAUGUGUUUUUGAGCUGUUCUGUUCUUCAUUUCGGUAAGGUGAAACAGACUGUCUGUUAUUUAAAAUUGGUGAGUGGGUUUUUUUCUUACUGUCUUUUUCUAUUUAUGGGUGUAUUACUGUGUCGAUCGCUCGUGCCGAUCUUUAUGUCCUUCGUUUGCUUUCUAUUUCUAUCUAUCUAUCUAUCUAUUCGGC